GAAGACCCCGUGCCUGUUGCAGCCUGGGUUGGGAGGGAAGCAGGUGGCGGUCACCCAUUGGAGGCCAGGGCAGGAGGGAAACAGAUGGCGGGGCUUCCCUGUUUGCUGCCCUGGAGGAGGAAGGCGGCGGCGGAGGGGCCCUUUUUGGCCACCUGGUGAGGCUCUUUUGGAGGCCAUUGCUUGUUGGCCGUCCUGGAGGAGGAAGGCGGCGGGGCCCUUUUUAGCCACUCGUGGAAUGAAGUUACCAAAUAUUUUCGCGCAGAAAUGCCACGAAGGAAACACAGGCAACACUUCAAAAAAUAUGGGAAUUGUUUUACUGCUGCAGAAGCAAUCAGCUGGCUUCAUGAAUUGCUCAGGAAUAACAGGAAUUUUGGUCCAGAAGUGACUAGGCAGCAAACUGUUCAGCUGUUAAGGAAAUUUCUAAAAAAUCAUGUGAUUGAAGAUAUAAAAGGAAGAUGGGGUUCCGAAAAUCUGGAUGACAACCACAUCUUGUACAGAUUUCCUUCAACUUCCCCUGUUAGAAUUUUGCCACGUCAGUGCCUGAAUGAGGACAUGGAUAAUGUACCUAAAGGAACAGAACAUACGUUUAAAUUAUCACAUUUUUCCAAGAGAACUCCUAAAAAACAUGAAUUCCAGGAAUAUCAGGAAAACAUAAGCUUUGUAAAAAGUGAAAAAAAGAUGGCACACAGCAGGCGAGUAACCCAAGUAGACAUAGAAGAAGUCUGGAGAAACCUUGUUUUGAUACAUUUGCAAACUAUUUUAGGUAUACCAUCAUUAGAAGAAGUCUUGAGCCCAGCACAAGUAAUUCCUCAGUAUGUAAUGUACAACAUGACUAAUAUAAGUAAACGGGGUGUUGUUCUUCUACAAGACAAAUCAGAGGACCUUCCUCACUGGGUACUGUCAGCUAUGAAGUGCUUAGCAAACUGGCCUAGAAGUAAUGACAUGAGCCAGCCAACAUACGUGGGCUUUGAACGGGAUGUGUUCAAAACAGUGGCUGACUACUUCCUUAGUCUCUCUGAACCUUUGCUUACUUUUGAGUACUAUGACUUAUUUAUGAACGUCUUAGUUUUGUGUGGCUACGUCACAAUUCCAAAUAGAUCCAGUGGAAAAUCUAGUAUCCGGAAUGAUUUGGAAGUUUCCAAAACUCCACACUUAAACUCUUUCAAGUCAACUGAAUGUCUUCUGCUCAGUUUGCUCCAUCGUGACAAGAAGGAUGAACCUGGGACUUCUGAAAUUGUUUCUAAAAACUGUACAGCUGAAAAAGAAUGUGCUACAAAGCCACCACAUUGUAUUGUGGCUUGUAAACAUGCCCCAGUUCACGAACGAAUAAGUGGCAGUUGUCACAAUCUUUCAAGACUGAAAAAUGAACAAUCUCUGUCUCUCAAACUUAAAACAAGAUGUUGUUCUCUAGAGGGAAUUGUAGAUGCAUCCUCAAGCAAAUGUAAUAAAGAUGGAUUAAAAAUAUGUUCUGAACCUGGAAUUCACAUCAUGCCAUUUACAAAUAAGGAAGACCAACUUUUGCACUCCGAGGCUAAACCAGACCCUUCAUUGGAUCUUUGUUCAGAUAUCACUAGCCAAAAACAAGAACAUGGCUUCAAGAGAGUUUCUGCAUUGAAUGUUCCUGACCAAGAGCUCUGUAGUAGUAAUCACAAACCAAAGCAGCUUUGCAGGUCUCGGAGUCUACGUGGAAAUAGCAACUCCAGUUGGUGUGGUGUCCAUGUUCCAGUUGCAGAGAUCACGAUAAAACUGAAUCCAGUAGUUCCACUUGGCCAAAAAAUCCAAAAUACUACCAAAGUGGUUGCUAAAAUAGGAAGUAAACCUGGAGAUUACAAUAUGGCCAUCAAAAAAAGACUCUGGAGAAGCACAUCAGAACUUUCAGAAAACACAUUUCCCCCCAGCUCCUUUUUGUUGACUGGCACAUCAAGUCUGUUGCAACCUCAUUUAGAACGUGUUGCUAUUGAAGCACUGCAGAUAUGCUGUGUGUUGCUUCCACCACCAAAUCGCAGAAAACUGCAACUCUUAAUGCGUAUGAUUUCUCGAAUGAGUGAAAAUGUUGAUAUGCCACGACUUCACGAUGCAGUUGGCACCAAGUCUUUGAUGAUACAGACAUUUUCUCGGUGUAUUUUGUGUUGUGAAGAAGAAGUAGACUUUGAUGAGCUGCUUGCAGCACGAUUAGUUUCCUUCCUUAUGGAUCAUCAUCAAGAAAUUCUAGAUGUCCCAACGUAUUUAUGGGUUGCAGUGCAAGACCACAUAGAGACUUUAAAAACUACUCAGUUGGAAUGCCUAUCAGAAGAAAUGAGCACCAUAUUUCCAACCUACUCUUAUUGCAAGAGGAUAACAUCUCAGGAAUUUGAUGAACAAAAGAUUUCUACCUCUCAGGCUGCAGUUACAGAGCUUUUGGAAAAUAUUAUUAAGGACAAAUAUUUAUCUCUGAAAGACAAAAAGAAAAAGCUGAAACAGUUUCAGAAAGAAUAUCCACAAAUCUAUCAGAAUAGAUUUCCGACCACAGAAAGUGAAGCCAUCUUGUUUGUGGACAAGCCCACAAUUAAGCAGCCAAUGCUCAGCCUGCGAAAGCCAAAGUUCCGUGGGAUAAGGCAUUAAUGGAUACCUUUUCAAAACUCAUGUUUUGAUGUUUGUAAGGCAUGAAAAAUGAGCUCAUUUAAGCGAGCAAAUAUAUGCAAAUGUGAAUUUUGUUGAAGUGUGUUAACACAGGCUAGUCCUACAGUUUCCUUGUCAUACCCAAUGUUGUUGUUUCCAUAUUCUGAUGUUUACAAAUCAACCCAACAAUUGUAAAUAGUAUUGAAUUGAGUGACAUGCAAAUGAAGGUAACAAGAAUGCAGAUAGCAAUAGCCAAAAAGAUGGCGGACAAGGGGGCUGUAGUAGUACCGGUAGUACUGAGAAAAUGAAGCACUUGCCCUGUAACUCUUGAAUGUACAGUUUUGGAAAGGACAUAUUUUUACAUACCACAAUAAACUGACAUUUUGUGUUC